UUUUGGUGUGCCCUUCACUCUACAAUAUUCAGACAGCAUCAUUUGCGACUGCGCGACGUGAGCUGUGCUUGCAGAUAUCGUGCAAACAGUCUAUUUUGUAUUUUAUUGUUCUUCAGAGGAGCGGCUGUCUUGUUGAAAGCCUACCUAAUAUGUCUGUACCAAAGGUCCCAAGGAUCGGCCUCAUAGUGGGCAGCCAGCGCGUCCCUCGCGCAUGUCUUCAGAUCAGUGAGAUGGUCCUCAAGACCAUACAAGAUACCAACCCCUCAGCAGCCCUUUCUCUCAUCGACCUCCUUGAAUGGGACCUGCCCAUGUUCAAUGAGCCCGGGGUGCCUUCGCAGAUCACCUCCCCAGACCAGUAUACUCAUCCUCACACUCAGCGCUGGUCGAAAGAGAUCGCAUCCUACGACGCAUUCAUCUUCGUCACACCACAAUAUAACUGGGGCUACCCGGCGGCUCUCAAGAAUGCCAUCGACUAUCUCUACAACGAGUGGAAAGGCAAACCCGCCAUGAUCGUGAGCUAUGGCGGACACGGAGGCGGCAAGGCAGCCGCCCAGUUAAAGCAGGUCCUGCACGGAUUGCACAUGCGACCGACAGAGCGGGCCGUUGAAUUGACAUUUCCUGACAGAGAGUAUCUGGUAAAAGCGGCCACCGGACAGAGUUUGGGAUUAUUAUCGGAUGUUGAAGGCCAGGACAAACUGUGGGAUGAGGAGCGCAAGCACAUUGUUGAGAGUUUCGAGGAACUGCUUUCAUUGUUGAGGCACCCACGAGAUAACUAGUUGAUCAUAGAUACCUAGGAAUAGAUUAUUAUUCUCCCGGGCGAGCAAC